GUGAGGCCCGUGCAUGCCGUCCCCUGGGAGCUGCGCCCGUGCCCUGGACGCCUGAGCCUCGCCCGGCAGGCCGCCAUGUGUCGUGUGGUCAUUGUGACUUGCCGCUCCAUGCUCUGGACACUCCUGAGCAUUGUCGUGGCGUUCGCCGAGCUAGUCGCCUUCAUGAGCGCAGACUGGCUGGUCGGGAAGGCGCGGACCCGCAGCAGCGAGCCGGCUGCCCCUGGCGGGCCUGAGCGCCCUCCUCCCACACUGGGCCUGUACGCACGCUGCAUCCGCAACCCGGGCAUGCAGCAGGUGCCGCGGGACGUGCUUUGUGGCCCCUACGCGGAGAGCUUUGGCGAGAUUGCCAGCGGCUUCUGGCAGGCCACAGCCAUCUUCCUGGCUGCGGGCAUCCUGGUGCUGUGCACGGUGGCCCUGGUGUCCGUCUUCUCCAUGUGUGUGCAGAGCGUCAUGAGGAAGAGCAUCUUCAACGUGUGUGGUCUGCUGCAGGGCAUUGCAGGCCUCUUCCUGAUCCUCGGCUUGAUCCUCUACCCCGCUGGCUGGGGCUGCCAGAAAGCCAUAGACUACUGCGGACCUUACGCGUCUGCCUACAAACCCGGGGACUGCUCCCUGGGCUGGGCCUUCUACACGGCCAUCGGCGGCACCGUGCUGACCUUCGUGUGCGCCGUCUUCUCGGCGCAGGCAGAGAUCGCCACCUCCAGCGACAAGGUGCAGGAGGAGAUUGAGGAGGGCAAGAACCUCAUCUGCCUGCUGUAGGCCGGCGGGCGUGGGGCACUCACGCUUUUCUGGAACCUUGGCACCUAGCGGAGAGCCAGUCUGUACCUGCCACAGCUGCAAGGACACUGGACACGAGGGCCACGCGGCGGAGGACAGGGGCUGGGAUGGGAGCCUGUCGGGGCUGCUCCCAUUCGGGGGCCCCUCUACCCCAGGGUGCAGUGUGUG